AGGCUCUGGUGUAUAGUAUCAAGUUGAAGUUGGAGUAUGUUAUUUUGGGUAGGUUGGUGGAUGUCGCGUAUGUGAGGUCGCAGGUCGAUACGCCGAGGUUUAGGUUUUGAUGGAUACACUUUUAUGGUUUGGGAGUUUGGCUUGGUUAUAUAUAUACCCUGGGUUUUGGUUUGGAAUUUUUGUUUGGUGGUUGGAUUAUAUAUUUGUGUUAAUGCCUAUAUACUUUGUAUAAUAUCAUAUUUUAGAGAGGAAGAGACACAUGAUGAUCUUCAGAUUGGUGUUGAUUCUUCCGACAAUUCCGAUAAAACUCUGGCAUGGCGGACAAGCCUAGUUACUUUGGCUUUUAGUCUGCUCAUUCCAAACAUUUAUUUUUCGCGCUCACACUGCCUUUCCUCCUUCAUAAAGCCAUACUAUUACUUGUGCCAGCCACAAAAUUCAGGUCUGAUAGGAAAAGAUAUGAUAAGAAUAGAUCAUGCAAUGCUGCAUUAAAUUGUAGUAUAACAAGUAGUAUCUAUAUGAGUGCAUCCAGUCAGUGUAUCGUCUAAUAUCUAUGUACC